AUGCUGGCCCCCUUUGUUAACGAGCUUGACCGCAUUGCGCCCUCGUUCAGGAUCAGCGGCUCCCAGAUCCGCGUCCUCCAAUCGCCCAGCGAGUUCUACGAGACCCUCAAAGAGAAGAUCCGUAACGCUGAACGACGCAUCUUCCUGUCGACCCUCUACAUUGGAAAGUCUGAGCAAGAGCUGAUUGUCACACUCCAAGAAGCACUGCGCGCGAAGCCCGAUCUCAAGCUCAGCAUUCUUACCGAUGCCUUGCGGGGAACCCGCGAAGCCCCUAAUCCGUCAUGCGCUUCGCUUCUCGCUCCUCUAAUCGCCGAGUUUGGAUCAGAUCGGGUCGAAAUACGGAUGUAUCAUACCCCCAACCUCACCGGGCUGAGGAAGAAGUACAUACCCAAGAGGAUCAAUGAGGGCUGGGGCUUGCAGCAUAUGAAGCUGUACGGCGUUGACGACGAGAUCAUUAUGUCAGGCGCCAAUCUGUCCAAUGAUUAUUUUACGAACAGACAGGACCGAUAUCAUCUGUUCUCAUCCAAGGAUAUCACCGAAUACUUUGCGAAUCUUCAAGAUGCCGUGUCAUCCCUUAGCUUCUUGGUCCGUCCCUCCGAUUCGCCGAAGUUCGAGCUAGUUUGGCCUCGGGACAAUGCUGCACCGUCACCCUUGGAGGAUCCACGGCAGUUCGUGAAAGAAUCAACAAGCAUCUUAUCGGGCUUGAUUUCCCCCAAAACGGCGCCCCUGACGUCUUAUGAUCCUACUCCGGAAGAAGACAAAGACACGUCCGUUUACAUGCUUGCCCAGUUCUCCCAGCUACUGUCGCCAGACACGUCUACAGAGCUGCCAGCUGUUACCCAUAUUCUCAGAACAUUGUCGUUGCCGCAGUAUGCCAACUCAUCUUGGAUGUUUACUGCCGGGUACUUCAACCCCGAUCCGUCCUUGACGAAGCUCCUUCUUUCCACCCAAUCCCACAACAACACCGUAAUAACGGCCUCGCCAUAUGCCAACGGCUUCUACAAAUCUCCUGGAGUCUCCGGUCUCCUACCAGACGCAUACACCCUCCUUGCCCGUCGCUUCGUCCAGGCUAUCCAUCGCCACAAAAAGCAGGACUCGACCGUUCUGCGUGAAUGGAGAAAGGGCACAGUUGGUGAACCGGGGGGCUGGACAUAUCACGCCAAGGGUCUUUGGGUGACAUUGCCUGGAGAGGAGAACCCAUCCAUCACCAUGAUUGGCAGCUCCAACUACACCAAACGAAGCUAUUCGCUCGAUCUUGAAGCAAACGCUCUAGUUGUGACGGAGAAUAAGGAACUCAAGAAGCGCCUGGGAGAGGAGCAGCGCUGGCUGAAGGAGCACACCACUAUAAUGACAAGAGAUGACUUUGCUACACCAGAGCGUCGCGUUGGAGUUCAUGUGCGCAUUGCAAUGGCCAUUGUCAAAAUGCUUGGCGGCGCCCUAUGA